AGAAUUCGGAAACUGAGAAAUCGAAGAACACGUCUCUUUUAGACAUUUGUUAACACCAGGCAGCGAAGAUGACGGCUGGGUGGAAUGGCUGGUUGAGAGCGGAGUGGCGAGGUGAAUUAGAGCCUUGACUCUGCCAGUACAGUAGGAGGCGGUAUACACCAUUACUGUGUUUACAGUCUGCCAUGACUGGACACAAAGAAGAAGAGGAGAAACGAAGAAGAAGAAUCCGGACCAUGGCUACAGCUGACAGUGGGGCGAAGCCCCUUCAAAAUGCUAUGAAAAUGGCCAAAGUAGCGAUACAGCUGGACGGAGAGAACAAACACCAGGAAGCUUACUGUGAAUACCUGCGGACGAUCAACUACAUAUCACGUGCACUUUUGGAGGAAGCUGAGUCACAAACUUCAGAGGAGGGGGACACGGUAGCGGUGGAGGUGGAGCGGAUGUUGAGGCUGGCUGAGCAGUGUCUGGAGCGAGCCAAGUCAUUUAUAGGGAAGAGAGCUGACCCCCCUAACCUCUCUGCGUCUGUCUCCACUUCCCUUUCCUGUUCCCCUGGCCAAUCAGAGCCCCAUCAGAAGGCCCACCUCCCAGCCACCGUUGCUGCAAACUCUGUCCCUCCAUCUGAUAGUCCUGUUGACGCAGGGCGUAGAGCAACCAGCCCAACAAAGACCAGUCACCGCAGGGUGAUGUCAGACGGUAGCGGAGAGCCCCCCCCUUUCCUGCCUCCUGAAGUCUUCCAGAGAAUACAAACCGUGGAGUCACAGGACACGAGCAAACAGGAGCUGACACCCAUAGAAGAAGCAUCACGUUUAAACCAGAAGUUGAAAGCCAAUUAUGAAGCUCGUCUGGCAAGGCUCCCACCUGGUCAGGCCUACCAGAAGACAUCGUUGACGCUGUGUCUCCAGCGGCAGAUGACGGAGAACCUCAUUAUUGCCAAAGCCAGGCAGGAUGCUCUCCAGAGGAAGAUGGAGGAGAGAAGACUAAGGCUACAAGAGGAGGCCAACAGGAGAUUUGCAGCAUCUGGGGCAAUGACUGCAGAGGAGCAAGAGCAGCGUGUUCUUUAUACAAAUGUACUGGAAUAUGAGCAAGACCAUGAUUGGCCCAAACUGUGGAAAGCCAACAUGAGGAAGAAUCCUGAUGAUGUCGCAUUAGUGUCAGGUCUAGUCUCCUACCUGCUCAGCCGGUCUGACCACCCAGUGGUGAAGCUGCUGAGGAAACACCAGUACCGGGUUUACAACAGGCUCUACCCUAUUGUCAGUAAACGCCUCCCCCAGAGUCUUGCCCUGCCAUUGAGGUCUUCUCGCAGCACUCACAACCUGCUUCAUCCAGAUAGCCAGACGAAGCCAACCAGGGGCAGUAGCGUUGGUGGCCAAAGCUUCAGCACCGGCUCGUCGCUCUCCCCCUCGCUCUCUCACGACCGCCACGCCAACUUUGACGAUAAGGAAGGGGAGGAGCCUCAUGCACAGGUGACGGUGGAUCGGGAGAACUCAUUUGAAGACCUGGAGCAGUUCCUGACCCAGUUGGACUGGGCCCCGCUCUGGCGCAGCACAGAUGACACUGGCUCGGAUUCCGAGCUGGGCUGUGAUCCCUCGAUGCAGCCAGAGCAGGAUGAGGGAAACAUUCAGGAGAUGGAGAUGAGAGCGCUGACAGAACACCUGAAGGCCGUUGUUAAAGACAUUCAUAUUGCAAUUGAUCAGCUUCUGUCACUGUGUUUGUUAUCCUUUGAGUGUCUAAACACAGCCAACUCUAAAGACCUGUGCCUUGUCAGCAUAGAGGAAGCCUUCUUCACACCGCUGUGGAGUGCCCUGUUGGCUCUUUUCAGGAGGGUCCACAGGGAAAAGGAGCAGGCCUUUGAGAAAAGUAUGAAGCUGUACUGCGAUGUUUCACCAGGAGAUGUUGGUGUUCCAUUGAAACUGUUCCCCGAAGAUCCUGGCGCACUGCAGGGUUCCUACCCCUAUGAGUCUGCUGUUCAGGAGCUCAAGCUUCUCAUCAAAGACUGCUGUCCACAGAGGAAGUUGGAAUGUAUUGUUAGGACUUUACGUCUGAUCUGUGCCUGCGCUGAGGAUUACAGGUGUCUUCAUGACGUGGAGUCCACACCAAAAACUGCUGCCAUCGGGGCAGAUGACCUGUUGCCCAUCCUGUCCUUCGUGGCUCUGAGGUGCCAGUGUCCUCAGCUGGUGUCUGAAUGUGCUGCUUUGGAGGAGUUUAUUCAUGAAGGCUAUUUGAUAGGAGAGGAAGGCUACUGUCUGACCUCCAUGCAGAGUGCCUUGGCCUAUGUUGAGUCAUUGUACACAGAAGAAACUCUGCUUCCUGCAGAAAGCCCCAUUUGAAAAAGGCUGUUGCCGUCAGAAGAGAUCCUUCCGACGGUUCAUCCAACAUUUCCUGCUGCGAGAGAGACCGCAGCUGAACCUGCAAUUCCCUGCAAGUUGUGCAGCCGCAUGGUACCUUGUACACACACCAACAUAUUGUAUAUUUAUGAAGGAUUUCCUUCUGCUCUGUUUCAAACCAAGGACUAAACCAGUGCCUAUGAGUUGGGUCCAACCUUUGCUGGGACCUCUAAAGAAAAUGCAAAGCAUUGCCGCAUUAACUAGCACUGGAUUGUUAAAGGGAUUGGAGUUGUCUUAGGGAACCUUUGGAUGUGAAGCUGUUGAUAAUAUGAAUGCUUACAGAAGAAAACCUGCAAUAUGGUUUACUAAUGAGGGAAUAUACUGCAUUUGUUAAGCAUAUUGGAGGUCUUACAAUUUUUCCCUGAGUGAAGGAGCCAAUCGUGUGUGCUUUGACUAAUCGAUUUCUUUCUUAGGGUAUGGUAAUAGCAUUUCAUAGAAAAUCCUUUGGAAAACUAUUUCAAGCCAUGUUCCCUGUGACAUUUUCUGUUCUAGAGUAUCUAUUUGCAGACAGACUUGCCUCAGGGGGAGAGAUGGAGAAUUUCAGAGAUGCCAUCUAAAACCAAUGUUAGACAUUGGUAGAGCACAGGAGUAACUGCUGAGUGACAGUCACUGUGUUUAGAUGUAACAGCAUGUUGGUUAACAUUUAAGUUUGGCAUACAGGAAUAUAAUGAUGUAGUAAUUACUGUUGUAAUACAGUUGCACUUUGUUAGGUGUGUGUGUGUGUGUGUGUGUGUGUGUGUGUGUGUGUGUGUGUGUGUGUGUGUGUGCCUCAGAGCAUCUAUCUUUUAAUGCCAAGGUUCAAAAUCAACAAACUCCAAAGAAAAGGUAAAACCAUUUUCAUAGCUUAUUUUACACUUUUUACCAAUUUCCUAAUGCUUCCCUUGAUGUCUACAAUUGCCCCAAAUUCACUAUAGAAUGGGAGCAAAAUGGCACCCUAUUUAUUUGGAAGUGGAUACAAUAGAUUUUGAGGUGCUUAAAAAUGAUCAGAUGUAUGGUAUCACAGAGAUUGUCAUGUUGAUUUGACGUGAUUGGACGAACUUCUUAACUGAUAUUUGACAUUUUCUAUGAAGUCCUUCAAGCAGUUUGGUUUUAAAUAAAUGCAGCCACCAGAGUCAGUGUUUACCUAAAAGGGUCUGGUGUUCUUGCAUUUUUUUAGCCGGUUGCGUUCAAAUCAUGUUUACUUGAGUGACCGUUCUCUAAAGCAUGCUGUUUUUUAACUUCCUUUAAGUCUUGAGUGUGCGCUUGUCCCUUCCAGGCAGCCAUUGGUUUCUAUUCAUUUUACCAGGGUGUACAAAUAACUUGCAAGUUCUGGAAACUUGCUUUGAAUCAGCCCCUAUUUGUGUCCAAGUUGUGUUAUGGUUGCAGUAAUACAGUUAAAACCUCAAAAUGAAUUGAAAGCGCCAUUGUGGUGCAUUCUUAUUCAUUGAGAUAUCUUUAAUCAUGUUUUUAUUUUGUGUUUUGAAGACCUGAAGCAGACAUGGAUCCAGUGUCACAGCCUGAAAAAGUACAGUUUUUGAAAUUGUUGUUUUAUUUAGUUUGGUUUGUUUGCUGAUAUUUUAAUAUUUUAUUUUCCAUGGGUCCAAAAGAUGUAAAAAGAUGUCCCAAGAACUGUUAAGAACUGAGUUAUGUCAAUAUUUAACUGUUUUACUGUGAAAUGUUGGGAAUAUGUGAAUGUGUGUUUGAGAGAUGGGUCAAUAAAGAGAGCAAUAUUUAAAUCCUUUAA